UUCAAGAUGCGCCCUCUCUGCGCAGUAGUUCCUCAACAAAGUUUUCUUUGUGUCGUCUGUAGACUGCAUACAGAAAAGGUUUUGUCUUAUGUCGGGGUCAGCGUUAGUCUUGAUAGUCAAGUCUCAGCGGGUCAAACGAGUUUUAAUAACAUUGCUGGAGGCUGACUCCGCCAACCUGGAUCAAUUCCGGCGCAUACACACACACACACGUAUACAAUUUAUUUUAAUUAGGUUAUAACUGUUUGCCUGUGUUUACCAUGGCGAGUAAUUUUACUCACCAUAUGUCCUUACUGUACUGAAAUCCUGCGGAUAAACGCAGUUUAAUCGUAUUCUAGCCUAACUACAAAUCCCAUAACGCACCUGUUCGUUUCCUUGGAAACGGAUUGUUUUCUCUACAGGUAACUGGCUAAAUCGACACGGGUUUUCUAGGAUUUUUGCUAUUACUUGUGGGUGAGUGUAUGAUAUUUGUGAUGUGAAUUACUACUAAUAUGAAUAUGAAUAAUCAACAACUAAACCUUGGGUUGAACUGGUUGUUUUUCACAGGCUUGCUUGGAUCUAUAGCUGACUAGAGGUAUAAUUUUAUGGCUCAUUGCCUGUGUAAAACAUUAAUACACAGGCUAAAUACAUUUUAUGGUGAAGCAAUUUUAUUGACUUAUUGGUGUUUGAUGAUCAAUAGCUGUCCUUCAACAGGUGAGUGAAUCUUGAACAGGUGUAACUAUGUUUGGAGCUCCAGUGGAUUUAUCUUUUAAACACAUCAGCAGUUUGGCAGAUGCAUGGAUAGAGGAACCCAGAAGUGGCCUGCGGCCCUUAAAGAAAAAUUCAGAGAUGAAGUACGAAAGCCACUCCCUGCGUCUCAAUAACAACAACAUCGCUGACCUUCAUGACCUCCAGAAAACAGUUUGCCACUUCAUGGCUGAGCCAUUACAGCUCGCCUGGCUGGACCUUUCAUUCAACAAAAUCACACAUAUAGCACCUGUUUUGUGCGAGUUGCGUGAGCUGCGUGUGUUGUAUCUCCACGGUAACAGCAUUUUUAUUCUAUCAGAGGUGGACAGACUGGGAGUUCUGCCACAUCUGCACACCAUCACUCUACAUGGAAAUGUCAUAGAAGCAAACAAAGCUUACAGGAAUCGUGUGAUUUCUGCUCUGCCACGGUUAAAGACAAUGGACUUCAGUGCUGUGACACGGCAGGAGCGAGUCAUGGCAAAGAUUUGGCAUCGCAGCAACAACCGCAGCCGAAGCAGCAAGGACAGUCUCUGCUGACUGCUGGCUCGUGUCCAUCGUGGUGUGUUGAAAUCACAGUUUCACCCAAAUGUCCGGUGCUCCACACCCACUGCUGAAAAAACAAACUCUGAAAUACUGUGAACUGUAUGUUUGUCAGUGUAUAUCUGGUCCUAUCAGCAUUGUUUUUAAUGUUUGGGGAUUUUUUUUAAUCUGCUGAAAUAAGCAGUUUAUUAUUAUAUAUAUAAGUAUAAUAUUGUCGUGGACAUGAUUGUAGGUUGUGGAAUAUUUGAAUAUUGUUUUGGAUUAUCUUGUUAUUGACUGUUAUUGAGUGUUAAUGACUGUACUGCACCAACUGCUUCCCAGAUAGCAA